AGCAAUUUCGCCACCGUCUCCCUUCCAUUUGCGACCCUUAAAUUUAACUUCACCCUGAAACCCUAAAUCAAGCGCUUAUCCAUCUCCAUAGAGUGCCGAGCGUCGAACCCGUGCAGCACCUCGCCGCUUGCUUGGUCUGGGGCAAUUAAUAUCCACAGUGAUUGCCUUUGGUUUGUUUUCUGUCGGCCACGGCUUCUUCCUGUUUUGGUCCGAUCUGUUCGAGGAGGGCCUCCCGCCGUGACGAAAUUUUGGUGAGCGGUAAUCCCUUUUUCGGUGAAGAGAGUUAUUGUUUGACGGAGAUCAUCUCCUUGCGGCGGACGGUGAUAUCUGCGUCUCGGUGGCCACAAUUUUGAGUUGCUCGCGACUUAUUGCUUCGGAUCGUCGAUUGUUGCUGAUCCGAUCGUUUCUACAUCCGAUUUACCGGGAGAAAAAUUAUCCUGAAGUUCUUUUUGAUAUUUUUCCUGUUCGCACUCGGUGAAUUGGUAUCCCGAUUCAUGAUCGGAGGGAGGAGAUAAAUAUCUGUUUACAUGUCCAUGUUAUCUGUUGUUCUAGCUUAACGGCGGAGCUGCCUUCAUUUUUUUGGCUUUAAUUCACUUUCCAGCUCAUUUGUAGGGCAAAGGUUUUGUUCUUUGUGGUUUAUUUUGCUUGAAAUUGGAACGGAGAAACCGAGAGGGAGAAGAGAAUAAUGGCUGUGUAUUAUAAGUUUAAAAGUGCCAAAGAUUAUGAUUCUGUUCUCAUCGAGGGGCAAUUUAUAUCUGUUGUCAAUUUGAAAGAAAGAAUCUUUGAAUCCAAGCUAUUUGGGAAGGGUACGGAUUUCGACCUCAUGAUCUCUAAUGCACAGACUAAUGAAGAAUAUGUAGAUGAAGGAGCUAUGAUACCCAAAAACACAUCAGUUUUGAUUCGUCGAGUCCCUGGACGACCACGAAAGCCUAUUAUCACUGAGAGAGACGAGCAGAGAUUUCUAGAGGAUAAGGUAGAAGGCCUUCCACCAUCUAGCAGCAUGUUGGUUGAUGAUUCAUCUACCAUCACAUAUGUAAGCUUGACUACUUCUGAAUAUCAUUGCACCUGUGGAUCUAUGAGGCCUCAAGAAUACGAAUGGGAUGAGUUUGGAAAUGACCUUUAUGUCAUUCCUGAAGUUAAUGCUCCUCAGACAAGUAACCCUGUGAUAGAUGUUUCUCCUGCUAACAAGGUUGAUGAGGAUAGCAAAAUUAAGGCUUUAAUUGACACACCUGCUCUCGACUGGAAUCGUCGAACACAAGAAGGAAGAGCUUUUGGAAGAGGAACCGCUGGCAGAAUGUUUGGUGGUCGUAGUGAUGGGCGAAGUAUUCUUGAACGCAAGACACCCCCAGCAGGUUAUGUUUGUCACAGAUGCAAAGUGCCUGGUCACUUUAUCCAGCACUGCCCCACAAAUGGGGAUCCUAACUAUGACAUGAAAAGAGUGAAACCUCCAACUGGAAUUCCAAAAUCAAUGUUAAUGGCAACUCCUGAUGGCUCCUAUGCAUUGCCAAGUGGUGCAGUUGCUGUUUUAAGGCCAAAUGAGGCUGCAUUUGAGAAAGAAAUUGAGGGGCUACCUACCACUCGUCCUGUCAGUGACCUUCCACCGGAAUUGCGUUGCCCAUUGUGUAAAGAGGUGAUGAAGGAUGCUGUUCUGACUAGCAAGUGCUGUUUCAGGAGCUUCUGUGAUAAAUGCAUUAGGGACUAUAUCAUUACAAAGCUGAUGUGUGUUUGCGGGGCCACAAAUAUAUUGGCUGAUGACCUUCUUCCAAACAAAACACUCAGAGAAACAAUCAGUCGGAUAUUAGAAUCAACAACUAGUAGUACAGAAAAUGCUGGAAGCAUGGUACAGCUCCAAGAUAUGGAGUCGUCUCAUCCUUUACAGCCCAAAGACCCAUCUCCUACUCUUUCUGCUGUGUCCAAAGACGAACCUAAUCAGUUCACUGCGAAGCAAUUUUCCUGUGUGAAGGAAGGUGAAGGUGCAAGUGAAACAAAGGCUGGAAACAGUGAGAUGAAUUCUUCAGAUAAGAAAGUUGUUAUAAAUACAGAUGUUUGUGUAGCAACAGCAGAAUCUCUGAGCAAGGGGCCAAAGUCUCAUCAGAGUCCUCCAAUGCCUGGAGAUAUCCGAGAAAAGAAACUUGCUGGAGAGCAAGGUAAUAAAUAUAUGCUUGUAAUGUCACAUUUAUUCCACUUAUUGCUUGUUCAGAUGAGUGUGGAGGUUGUGCUUCUUUUUGAGAUAUCGGAUUUCUGGAUAUUCUUCCAAGGCAUACAAGGAAAGAAAAAGAAGAAGAAAAAGGCACGUCUUGUUGCCCAUGAUGCUGAUAUGCAAUGGAGGGCCUACCAGGACCUUGGAUCUGAAAAUUAUGGAUUGCCUUUGGCUGUUUCAGGCUAUAAUCCCUACUGGACUGGUGGGAUGCCAUUAGGAGUUGGUAACUACAUGGCACCUUAUGGUGGUCCAAUGCCAUAUAUGGGUUACACACCAGGGCCCUUUGAUGUUCCAUUUGGUGGGGGAAAUUUUCCACAAGAUCCAUUUGCUGCACAAAGUUAUAUGAUGCCAGUACUUCCGAGGGAUUUAUCUGAGUUAAGGAUGGGUAGUAUGGGCAUGAAUCAGGAGCCUUCAGGUAUGAGCAGAGAAGAGUUUGAGGCUAGGAAGGCUGAUCUAAGGCAUAAGCAUGAAAUGGAGCGACUUAACGAAAGGGAGAGGGGGCAUUCCAAGGAUGGUAAAGCAAGAAGGGAAUCGAGCAACACUAAUGGUGCUUCAAUGAGGCCACAGCCCAGGCUGAUGUCGCAGGCCCAGUGGUCGGACCGGGGCCGGUCUGAGAAGUCAGGCAGCGUGGACUGCGGUGGACCGUUCCGCGACCCGGCCCGGCUUAUGCCACCAAGGCCCGCAAAGACGACUGCCAGCGACCGCUACGCGGCCCCCGGCGAGGCGGGCAGCAAGAAGAGGAAGCCCUCCUCGCCCGAGAGGAGCAACGGGCUGAAGGAGCUCAAGGGCGGGGAGAGAAGGGGGAGCAGUGGGUACGACCACGAAUCGAACGAGGUAGAGUACCACUUAAAGCGGAGGCCUUCGUCCUCGUCGGCAAGGGAGGCGACGUCGAGACGCCACCGGGAGUGGGAGCCACGUGGAAGUGGUGGUAGGGAGCAGGAGCAUGGCCACGAGCGUCCUGCGAGCAAGCGGAGAUGAGCCGGUGCAAAUGCUACUACUACUACUACUACCACUAUCAUGGCUGAACCGACUCGGAGACUGUCCUUUUUGACCGAGUCAACCAAUGCGAUCAAAGGACAAGAGUUCGAUUUUGACUCGUAUGUUUACCUUGUCAGCACUUUGCUCAAUGUUUGGGCUUGACGACAUAUCUGGGUUUCCAAUUCUGAAUAAAUAUGAAUAUAUAAAUAUAUAAUAUUACACGAAUAAAGAGAA